AACCCGCAAACCCGCACGACUCCUGCUUGCCGCCUGCUGUGGGCGCCAGGCGCUAGGAUGGCGUCGCGCUACUUAACGCCCACCUCCCUCUCCGGAGCCCGCCUGUUGCAUCAUCCUCGCCUCCUUGCCUCCGCUGCCUGCACCUAUUUCUUCCUCGCUCGCUCCCCGCCAGACCUGGCUGUCAUUGCGCUCGACGACUCAUCAUGCCCGCCCUCGCUUCCGCCCUCGCCGCCUCCGCCGGCCUUUUGCAGCUUGCCGCUGCCGCCGAGCCCAAGGUGGUCGGCUUCGGUUUCACCAAGAACCAGGUUUCCGACCAUGCGAACCUCGCUAAGCGCCAGAAGACGGUCCAGGCUGGCUUGUCCAACAUGAGAUCUCUCUACCAGAUCAACGUCACCGUCGGCACCCCUCCUCAGACCAUAGGGCUGCAGCUCGAUACCGGCAGCGCCGACAUCUGGUUCCCCUAUGCCGGGUCGCAGGAGUGCCAGGAAAACUACUGUACCACCGGCUCCUUUGACCCCGACCGCUCGUCGACGUUUGUAGAUGUCGCUCAGGACGCUUUCGAAAUCCAGUAUGUCGACAAUACGCAGAUCUACGGCGAUUACAUCAAGGACACGAUCAGCCUGGGUGACACCGACAUCACCAACAUGACCAUGGCCCUUGCCACGUCUACGGGCGGCAGCACGCAGGGCAUUAUGGGCAUUGCAUUCGUUUCGGACGAGACCAUCGCUCAAACGGACGAAAGAUACGAAUACCCCAACUUUCCCGUGCAGCUGUUAAACCAGGGCUACAUCAGCUCGCUCGCCUAUAGUCUAUGGCUGAACGACCUUAGCUCGAGCACUGGCAACAUCCUGUUCGGUGGCGUUGACAGCGCCAAGUACCAUGGCGACCUGAUUGCCCUCCCCAUUCAGCGCGACUCGUCCAGCAACGACAUUACAUCCUUCACCGUGGCCAUGUCGUCACUGAACAUCACCGGCGGCACGGGCAAGAGCGUAUACAGCCAGCCGAACAUUGACCUCGCCGCCAUUCUGGACAGCGGCACCACGCUGACAUACCUGCCCAACAGCAUUGCCAACGACAUCAUCAAGGGCGUCGGUGCGAUCAACGACCCGACAUUCGGCUACGUGGUGCGCUGCAACAUUGGCGCCACAGGCUCGAACAUCACGUUUGGGUUCGGCGGCGCCGACGGGCCCAUCAUCACAGUCGGCAUGGACGAAAUGACAGUGCCACUGCUUGACACGGCCGGCGAGUCGCUGAAAUUCCGUAACGGCGAGGACGCAUGCAUGUUCGGUAUCAACCCAGCCGGCGACGACCCCAUCCUGCUGGGCGACACGUUCCUGCGGUCCGCAUACGUCGUCUACGACCUGCACAACGAGCAGGUAGCGCUGGCCAACACCAACUUCAACACCAGCGACUCGCACGUCCAGGAAAUCACCAACAGCACCGUCCCCGGCGUGCGCGCCACGGCGUCGGGCGUCGCCGUCACGCAAACCGCCACCGGCAACGUACGCCCGACGGCUUCGCGCGUUGCGGGCGGCACCGCGGCCGCGUCGGCGGACGCUGGCACCCCCACGUUCGAUCUCGGCACCCCGACUACGACGGCCAAGUCGGGCGGCUCCAAGAAGGGCGCUGCGGCGGGGUUGGCGCCGCCGAGGUCGGCGCUGGUGGGCGCGCUGGUCAUGGUCGGACUGGUGUGCGGUGGCGGGUUGAUGGUUGUGGUGUAGAUACUAGAGGAUUCCUGGUACAUUCUUCUUUAUAUCUCCCUCUUUGUAGCGUGGUGGUUGCAUCUUUGGUCUUUUACUCUUUUAUCCCCCUUGAUUUUUUUUUUCUCUGUAUCCAAGCCUUCCCUUUUUUUUUUUGUCUGUUUCUAGCUCUCCGCCGUGCCGUUGUGCGCACGUGUAUACCCGGGUUGGCGGUGAGGCGCGCUCGCUGCCUGGCUCAUUGAUGGAUGGGUGGACGUAGAUGGGAGACGGCGGGGUGGGAUCGGGAAGGAGCGAGCGGGGGUGGGUGGGUGGUAGGAGAUAGAGGUGAAUGGGAAUGCAUCUGUAGAUAUGUAUGUAGAGGAGGGUUAUGCUGUUAUGAAUCUGUACACAGUACAUGUGUAUAUACACGCAAUUGACAUAUAUACGUAUAGUCUUGCAAAGCGAAUGUUUUACAUCGUGUUUGAUUUGUCUUCGCGUAAGGCCCUGGAUAUUGAUAAUUUGCCCACCUCA